CAGGGCCGUGCAGCUCAGUCUCAUAAAAAGCCAAAUGGUAUGCCUGAUCUUGAUCUAGAAAGGUCUCAGGAAGAUGGUGACCUUAAAAAGGUAUGGUAUCGCUUUAAACACAAAAACUAGAUUUUCAGUCACCAAAUUUGUCAUUUAUUUCUUCACAAAAUUUUUUUAUAAGCUGAUCUGGAAAUUUCAUUACACUGUACACCUCAAGUGAUAUAGUGCCAACCCUACAGGUUAAUUUGGUUUUAGAAGAAAUUUAUUAAGAGCAAAUUAAUAAUACAAGAUGAAAUAUAAUUUACUCUUCUAUCAGUCUGUUUAAUAUUUUAUUGGAUUGUUACAAACAUUACAUGCUCCAGGGGGUUAGAGAUAGGCACAGACUAAGGCUACUUUCAGGCAACUGGAUUGUCUUCUCCUACCUGGAAAGCAACAGGAAUGCAUAGUACCACGUCCCCUUCCUUCCUUUCUUUCUUUGCCCUUCAAUGGAGGGUCUGAUAAUCUUACUGAUAAGGUCAGGGCUUAUUUUUAACAAGGUGAUUGUUUUUGUUAUUUUAGGCUCUUCAUGCAAGGAAAAAUGAUGUCAACAAUGUAAGCGAUGGUGUUGAAUUUGAAGAGUACCCACACAAGGUUAAUAAUGGCAUUAAAAAUAGAAUUUCAAGAGGCAUUUUUGAAUGAUUAUUUUUCACUGGAAGUACACGAUACAGAUAGUUCUGAUCUUUCAGUUCAAAUAAUAUGUUCCUCAAAAUGUCAACCAGGACCAUGUGUGCUUGUUUUGAUGCAUUUUAAUGCUCAACUAUCACACAAUUUUUGUUCCAAAAACUGUAUACCUACCCCCUUGGUAGACGUAUUGCUUUAACCUGAUUUCCUUAUGUUUAGGCUCAUUAAAAUGUGAGCGCUUUUUGUCUGUGCGCAAGUAUAUGCAGAGUGCCCAAGUAGCUGCCAGAGCUGGCGCAUUACUUUACAUGCCAGCUCUAUUUUGCUCGCAUUUGCUUUCUUUUCUUUUCGUGGAUUGCUGUCAUCUUGAUUGUGGCAGAUCUUUGCCAAUCUUUUCUCCCAGAGCUAAGAGCUUGUUCAGUAAGUACAUGUACAUCUGGUUUUUCUUUUGAAUCCAUUAGUGUGAUGGGUGAUGCCCGGGGUGUGCCAUGUCAGCGUUAAUUGCUAUAGAUACCUCUGUAGACUUGAAGAUGCUUGUUUGGUUCCUCACCCACCACCAGUCAGCAGCUACAGUUUAACUCCUUAAGCCUGGAUUUAAUCUAUGCACUUAUAGUAUUCCUUUUUUGUAUCAGGGGGUGAGGGCUGGGGCCUGGGGAGCGAAAAAUUGUUUAGGAAUGAGAAGAUUGAGUCCCAUCCCCUCUGAGUAAUAGUAUUCUUAAGGACAUGUCUAAUUCCUGAACCAUAACAAUGACUGCCAUCAAUGUUCUGAUUAUUAUAACUAUUUUUAUACCUUUUUAUUAAGUUCAUAUACAUGUAUGUUUUAAUGUUGUGUUUGGUGUUAAUAGGUAGAUGAGAGUGAUCCUUCUUACAAUGCAAACAAGUAGGUUUUUAUGUUGUAUGACAGACAAAAAUGGGGCUCUACAGACUAUGAGACCUCAGCCAUGAUUAAUAUUAUAUUAUUAUGUAUUCACCAAUGAAAUACCAGGUGAGCUUUCGGGCGAAAACUUGAUAUCUUCACAUGUGAAAAUAUUACCAUUGCUAUGGCUACAUGAUAAAUCAUGCCUUUCACACCAAAAAACUAUUAAAGUGAAAUGGUUUGGUAUUUCAUUGGUGUUUAUAUAAUAAAUAGAACAUUACAUGGCCACUUGGAGAUACAAAAUUUCUCUUCCCGUGUUGAAAAAAUAUUUCAGAGUGAGCGCAAGAGAAAUUUCGUAUCUCUGUGCGGCCAUGUAAUAUCCUCUAUAUAUGUGUUUUAAAUAAUUGUCAUAAUAAAUACAUGUAUAAAUAAUCUUUUUUUUCAGUGUAGCAAAUCAGUACAAUAGACCUUGGAGUACACAGCCAACAACUCAGAGAGAACAAGCUCAGUUAAAAAGAAGACAAGAAGAGGUAAUUGUACUGCUUCCAAAUACUAUAACUGUUCUUUUAUCAACGUAGUUGACUUUGUUUCUGGUUGUAAAAAACAGGAAGUUCUACAUUCUGAGAAGAAGAAGGAUCUGAUUGUGGAAACAAUUCUUGUGGAUCAGCUUUCCAGGUGUGGUGAAAAUUUUCCCAUAUUGUGUGACUUUUUUAUUAUUACUAUUAUUUUAUGAAUCAUUCAAAAAUUCUUCAACAAUUCAUAUACUGAGAAUUAUUCAAAAGAAAUGAAUGUCCAAUGAGUCUCUUGAUAUCUGAAGUAGACACAGCUAAAAUUUACUUUUACAUCUAACUCAAUUGUCUUUGUUUUUCAGUAUUUUACAAAGUGAAAUUUUCGUAGCUUUGCUGAAUUUUAACUUUGCGAGUGACAAAUAAUAUACAUCACUCCCAAAAGUGGCCAAACUAAAAAUGAUAUAUUGCCAGUUGCCUUUUUUUAAAUUCAAUAUUUUACAUCUUUAGGGCAGCAGUUUCUGAUCCACAAAAAAACAUCAACUCAAUUCCUGCUGAUAUAGGUCCCAAAGAGAGAAAGAAAAUGGAAUUUUAUAACACAAGGUAAUAAAAAAUUAAUGUGAGUUGUUAGUUACUGCAAUCAAAUAAUAUGAUAUACAUUCCUGAUCUACCAUUCAGUCAUUCUCAAACUUUUUACUUCAACCAAUGCCUUUGACACAUACUGGUACUUUGUUGCUACUCUCAUUAGCAGCGUCAUUACUGCAGCGUUGGUGACAGUGGUAGUGGUAAUAGUGGUAGAAACAUUAAAGGAACUGUUAAUGACAAUGGUGCUUUUGAUGGCAGAGACAGGAAGUGACCUUAGCAAUUCUAGUGUCACUGGCAUUGCUCUAGUUCAUGACAUUGCUAAUGACAACAGCCAUGGUAGUGGAAGUAGAGGUAGCAGUGACAGUGUAUUGAUACUGGUAUUGGCAAUGUCAUGACCACUGUCAANUUGAUGCCACGAUUUGAACCCAGGCCACAUUGGUUGGAGAUACACGUAAGUACUCUCACCACUGCUCCACCCUUGUCCCCUGAGAGUUGUUAUUGUUAAGUGCAAUAAAACUUCUGGUAAUCAGUUUUUUAAGAAUCAUUUUAAAAAAUAGAGUUUUUUGUCAACAAUGUUGCUAAUUCAUGGUGGGUAUUAUUAAAAUAAUGAUAGGCUUACAAGCAUUUUUGACUUUCCUUUUUUAUUUUUAGGGCAGUAAUUUAUCAUUUGCAACAGCCUCACAAUCAUCGCUUCCACAGAGUGUGAGUGCCCACCCUGUUGUUGUGUUCAGGGUUUCUGAAGUUGAUGAUCAAGCUAGGCAAGCACAUCUGUAAGUAAUUAUCGUAAUCCUAAGCACCUAAUGGUGAGCAAUGUAAAAACAUCACAGAAAAUUACAAAAAUUUCAUUUUGAAAAUUCAAAGAAAUUAAAUAGCACCAUGCAAAAGUUGUACUAAAAUGUACACUAAAUUGAAUGAUAACACGAUAACAACAACAAAUAAGAACAACAAUCUUUAAUGAAUUUCAUGCAACAAGUUACAGUUGUCUUGUCUACACAAUUAGCAAAAAUACUGGUCUAGGCGGGACAGUUUAGUUUACAAUUAUAUUUACAAUAAAUGGUUAUAAGAAAUAACACACAAACACAAUUGAAAUCAAACCUAGUGCAAAAUGUGUGAAAACUUUCUUCAGAUAGAAAAACCCUGGUUAAUGUAUCAAACCAGACAAUCUCCCACUAUUCCUUGAAAUUCGUGCUUUGGUACAGGACUGCAAAGCUUGGAAGUGCAGGACCAUUUCACUUUAGAUCCCCUAUGUGCUCCUCAGCUGAGCAAAGAUAAUUUAGUUUCUCUUUUGUUAUAAUUUUAGAUUUGAGAGCUGUCAAACCCUUGAUGAAAAACGUUCAAUAAUGGAAAGAUUAGAUAACCCACUCUCUGAUGCAGAAUUGCAAGAGCAAGAAGUAUUGGACAAUGUACAAAGUAUGUGUAAUGUGGUUAGACAUAACUGCUGGAGAUAUUACUAACCUUACAUAACUAUUAACUGUUUGUUUCAGAUGAGGAGUGGCCUAACAGAUGGUUCACGGUCUGAUAAUUUGAAAAGAUUCCUACCUAUACUGUAGAUUAAAGUAAUCAAUUUUAGUUCAACAACUUAUACACCUUUUCAUGUAUUUUUUCAUCCUUAAUAAAAUUUUUAGGAGUAAAACUGUGAAAACACAGAGCUAAAAGUGAACUGGCUUAUUUUUUCCUUCAGGUAUGGUCAAGAGGCAGCUUCAGAAGAGGGCAGUUAGAACAUUGAUGGGUCUUGGUCAACAUUUUAGAAAGAUUGACCAGUCUGGAGAUGGUCUGUUAGAUCAGCAUGAACUGCAAAGAGCUCUGGAGACCUAUCAUAUUACAAUCCCUGAUGAGGUAUGUACAAUAGUUUUGUUCUUUCCCAGUUCUUUCCCAGUCAAAAGUAUAACAGUACUAUUAAAAAUGUUUAUAAGGCUUAGUGGCAACUAAUUGAGUGUGUAAAUAAAUUAUAUGGCUGAUUAUUUGGAGAACUGUGCGCGCAGAAGAAGUCAGAUUUGUUUUGUGAGUGUGAUUAUAGACAGAAUUGGAUGACAAGUUUUGUGACCAAUAAAACUAUAAUAACUGAAACAAAAUUUGAGAAAAACAGCAAGACACUGUCAAGAUAUCUCAAGAGUAUUUUUAUAGACAUCAUAAAUAUAAUGUAGACAUGAGAAUCUAAAAAGAACCUUGGCACCUAUUACAGCAGUUAUAUGCAUGAUUACACCUACCGUCCAAUUACUUCUGCAUGAUAGGUACUGUUCCAUUAUCAGUCCCAUUGUUAAUGCUAACAGGGCUGCUGAUAUCCAAUCAGAUUGGAGUUUAUAGUUAUGAUUAAUAAUAAUGUUAUUAAUAUGUUGAAAUCAUCUUCCUAUGAUUAAAAUCCCCAAGUACAGUGGUGCUGUCUUUCUAACUUUUAUGCAUUUCAUUAUUUCAGACUUUUAAUCACUUGUGGGAUAUUUUGGAUGUAAAUGGUGAUGGUUUUUUAGACUAUGGCGAAUUUUCAAGGGGAUUUAUUGGUGAAAUGAAUGAAUUAAGGAAAUCAUUGGUUAGAAAAGUAAGUGUAUAUGGAGAGAAAGUAAAUGUCCACACUGGUGUCUUUUGGCUUUUCAUACAACAGGAAGAUUGCCUAGCAAGAAAGGAUGUCUGCUUAGUGCAUGGGAGGCUAUCAUUUUACGUUUUCAUUUACAUGGGAAAAAGCUGGUGAUUCCAUUAAUAUUAGUAUGCAGCCACUUUAAGCAGCGUACAUAGAGACUAGUGUCCGAUAGCCCAGGGCCAGUGGAUUUUGCUAUCGGGCUAGUGAAUUCUGUUUUUAACUUGCCCAAUGGGCAAGUGAUGUUUUAUGAUGAAUUCGAAUAACAGAAGAACUGUUAAAUCAAUUCUGCUCUUCAAAAAGCUUUUGGGGCUAGUUGAAAUGACAUCUGGGAUAGUAAUUGUUAGCUUCAGCUUACCCAAAUGUCAAGCUGUAAAAAUGAUUUCCUCUGCACCCUGUUAAGGGUCAUCAUGCAAUGCUCCGCCCUAGGAGUGUUGCACGACAACCCUGAAAACAGCUGCAUGGGAGACUAAUGCUGUACUUAAGAGUUACUGGUAAGUUAAACUUCUCUGUAUGGACACCUUCACCCUUAAUAAGUCUCAAGAGUGAUCAACAUCAGUUUUUUCCUAACAGUAAAGAUAACAGUAUUAAUACAUAAUCAGGAGAAAAGGUCAUAAGAUAUAAAGAAAUGGUCAUCAAAGGGAACAUGAUCUGAUCCUUUAACAAAUUCUCCAUACUAAUUUUUGAAGGAAAUGUAAGGAGAUCAGUCUGGGGAAUUUUUUUGUGGAUAUUGAGGCUUAAAGCUACGUACAAACGGAUACAACUACAACUCCCAACAUUGUUGGCCUAACAAUAUUGGGAGUUGUUGGGUCUGUUUUUACAUGGCUAAAAGUUUGACUGGUCUCAAACUUUGCCCAACAACUCCCAACAAAACACAACAACCUGCAACAUCAUGUAACAGGGUGUACAAACAGAUGCAACUUGUAAUAUCCACCAAUGGUGGGAGUUGUCAACCAACAAUGUUGCAUCCAUUUGCAUGGGGUGUAAAGGGUUAAGAUAUGAUGACAGGGCUGUCAUUAAGAGGCAGGUCCCUGGCUACUAUGAACGUGGCCCAUGGCUACUUUCAAAGGAAAAUAUGAGAAAAAUACAACCAAAAGAAACCCCUAGCUGUUUGAUUCCCAGCCCUUUGUGUAUUUACCACGCAACUUGACAUCUUAGUGACAAUCCUGUGAUGGAGACUUUGCUUUGUUCCAAAGAGGCUCAACUUAAUACAGUUCCAGCUCUGUGAUAUGGACACCUGGAUGCAAUGCAGGUGUUAAGCUCUGUCAAUAAUGGUAUCCAUAUUGUUAAAAAAGGAUUUUAUUGAAGUUCCAAACAGGUUGUGAAUUGAUUGUUUUAAUUUUUUCAAAAACAGGUGUUCCGUAAACUUGAUCCAAAUAAGAAUGGCGUCAUCAGUUUAAAUAAUAUGAGAAAAUUCUACUGCACUAAGAAGCAUCCUAAAGUAGUUUCAGGUAAGAAACUUGUGAAACUGCUUCUGUAGCCUACAGUCAUGUACUCCCUGAAAAAAAUUCCUGUUGUUAUUUAUAUGUCUUAUUUUUCAAUGUAUCUUUCAUUGGCUUUACUUGUUAGGGGAUAAACUUACAUGUCUACAAUUUGUACAUUAAUUUUUUGCAAACACAGUGUGGAGUUAAAUUGAUAAUGAUGAUGAUGAUGAUGAUAAUGAACAAGAUUAAACGAGCAAUGAUGGAAAGAAAUCAAUAAUGAAUGUACAUGGUGAGUUAAAAGAAACUUUUUGUUUAUACAGUGUUUUAUUGUGCUGAUUUCUUUUCUUCAGGAGAAGUGAGAGAGUCUGAAAUUGAGGAAUCCUUUCUAAGGUCUUUUGAACUCUGCGAGAACAAGGGACAAGUGACUUAUGCAGUAAGCUGUCACUCUAUAUUAUUUUUUCUUGAUCGUUGAAUGAAGAGGGGGUUGUGUUCAAAGAGGGGGUCCCUCUACCCAUAGGCUGUUCAAUCAAUUGAGGUUAAUGCCACUAAAUAAUGGCUCAUGAUCAGUUAUCUUGAAUCCUUUAUAAACCCAACUUCUAAAUUUAGCCCCCACUCUCUAGCCUUAAGGCUUCAUUUUAGAAAACACAUAUUAUUAACCCCUACCCCCACCUUCCCUGCCACCUUGAGACUUUAUUGAUCAGAAUUAAUAAUACAUUGCUGUUAAGUAUUAAAAUAAAUUAUUUAUGCACUCUGAUCAAAAUACAGUGCAAUUUGUCUGUCCAUAUCUCUCAAAUGUCGAACAGCAAUGCCUUUCAUCCAAAAUAGAAUGAGAGUACACCAUAACUGAACCCUGAUUCAUCCUCUUUCUUUAUUGUCCCCCCCCCCCCUCCGCCUCUCUGCACCCCUACCCCUUCUUCAUCAAGUCCAUUUAUUAUGCCAGGAAAAUUUAGUCCACGGUGGGGCUAAAAAGAGGAUUUAAAGUGUAUAUAAAUUAGGUAAUAUCUUUUUUGUUACCUUAAACAGGAAUUUGAAGAUUAUUAUGAAGGAGUAAGUCUUGGCUUUGCUAGUGAUCAGGAAUUCACAGCCAUGAUGAGAAACUGUUGGGGAGUGUAG